CAGAUCGCGAUAUUCCGAAGCUCUCGAAGCUCAGCUUUCUUAUGGACUUCGCUUCGGACGUGGGUGUCCGCCAUUCUGUCGUUCUCUCUAGCCUUGAUAUCCGCCAUUCGGUCGACAUCUCCCCCGCCGCGCUCUCCAUCGCCAGAGAGAUCCGGUUCUGCGUGAUCGCCAUUGUGGUUGGGUGGACUACUACUCGAGUUGUCUCCGCGCUGUUGGACCGUCGGCCAUCAUCGGAUUCGUGAUCGGAUUCGUGACACUAUAGACCUGGUUCUGUUUUCUUGUAUCUUUCGUAAAUACGUGAGGUCCAUCUGGAUAUAUCCCAUUCAUUGGCCUGGCAUUGUUUUGUUUUUACCUUUCUAUUUUGGCACCGUACAAAAGGCGUUAUCAGCUUCUAUUACGGUAUUGUACAGCCAUCACCAUCAUCAUCAUGAAGAUUCCGUGUUCCCUCGUGCUUCUUUCCGCUGUUGCUAGCGCACAGUUGGUGAUUGACAGCUCAAGCUUUGGUCAUGGAAAAAUGAUAGCACCAAACAGGGAUGGCAUUCCGGGAUGGGAUCUCGGAGGAGAAGGUCAUAUCCCUCAGAUUCUUUCCGAUAAGCUCAUCCUCACCCCUCCCUAUCCCGGCAACACUCGGGGCUACGCCUGGUCCCAAUCCACUCUAUCCGAAUCGGAAUGGACAGCGGAGCUCCAGUUCCGAGCAUCUGGAGUUGAGAGGGCCGGAGGCAACCUCCAACUUUGGUAUGCUAAGGAUGGCAAAGAGAAGAUUGGCUCUGCUAGUAUUUACACUGUGGGCCAAUGGGACGGAUUUGCUCUUGUAGUAGACACUCAUAGCGGAAGGGGUGGCAGCGUUAGAGGUUUCCUCAACGACGGUACAACAGACUACAAAAGCCAUAAAAGUGUUGAUAGCCUGGCUUUCGGACACUGCGACUACUCUUACCGAAACCUUGGACGGCCGUCUGUUGUUCGUGUGAAGCACACCAACGCUGUCUUGGAGGUCACUGUUGACGACAAGCUCUGCUUCGCCACUGACAAGGUUUCUCUUCCUGCUGGAAACACCAUCGGUAUGACAGCCGCAACCCCGGAGAACCCCGACUCUUUCGAGAUCUUCAAGAUCGUCCUCCAAAACAGCCCAUCCGGUGUAGGAAAGGCUCCACCAGUACAGCAACAGCAACGUCAGCCGAACGAGAACCAGCAGCAGCCGCUCGCUGCGCAGGGACAAGCCAACACUCAACAAGUUCAAUCCGCGUCUGUUGAUAUCCGCUCUAUCACCGAACAAUUUGUGGAUCUGGGCAGCCGAAUCCAACUGAUCAACCACGCCGCCAAUAACAUCAUCCGCGAGCUUGGAAACCAAGGCAACAAGGUUGAGAAUAAGCAAAACGAGCUUCUCCAGAAACUAGCCACCAAGGAGCAAGUCGGCAGUCUCGAAGUUCGCCUCCAGAGGCUCGAACAGACCCUGCAAUCCAUCCAACGUACCCUGGAAGGAAACGAUUACCGUGACCGGUUCAACCAGUUGCACGAGACUUUAAGGUCGUCUCACCUAAGCCUGACCGAAAACCUCCAAGGCACUCUCCUCAACGUCAUCACAGCAUCCACCCCCCGCAUGGGCUUCUUCAUCUUCCUGGUCAUCGCUUUCCAAAUCCUACUAGCCGCCUCAUACGUUAUCUACAAACGUCGUCGUGCCAACAUGCCCAAGAAAUUCCUCUGAUCUAGACAUACCUGUCUAUAAGUAACGGAAGAUAAUGAUUUUUUUUUUUUCUUUCCUUUUCUCCUUACACUGAACCCGCACAGGACGACUCGCACACACCGCACGCAUCCACACCUGAACGUAAAUCCAAUACAGAUAUAUCUAUUUGGCCUCUCCAUCUAUGACUUGUUUUUGCACCAAUUUUAUAUUUAUUUCUGUAUUACUCGGUUGUUUUUGAAUCAUGGCCUUAGCAUCAUUUUGUACAUUUAUCUAUCUACAGGUUCAAUUUCAUGCUUUCCUCUCUCUCUCUCUCUCUCUUCGAAUAGGGUAUUUGGUUCGGCUUACUUGUCUUUCAUCUUUACUCUAGACUCUGGGUGGUCUUUUCCAGCGAGAGCUCCUGCACGUGCAAUAUACCAUUCAUGUAGUAUAGUAAA